AUGGUAGGUAGAAAAGUACUGAUUGUACUGGCUCAUGCUGAGAGCACAUCCUUUAACUAUGCCAUGAAGGAGGCUGCUGUAGAGGCUUUGAAAAGGAACGGAUGGGAGGUCACUGUGUCAGACCUGUAUGCCAUGAACUUCAAUCCUGUCAUCUCCAGAAAGGACAUCACAGGUAAACUGAAGGACCCCAAGAAUUUUCAGUUUCCUGUCGAGUCUGUUCUAGCUUAUAAAGAAAGCCAUCUGAGCCCAGAUAUAGUGGCUGAACAGAAGAAGCUGGAAACUGCAGACAUUGUGAUUUUUCAGAAGAAGAAGACAAGUGGCACUCUGUAUUUCUGUGGCUUCCAGGUCUUAGAAUCUCAACUGACAUAUAGCAUUGAGCACAUUCCUGCGGAUGCCCGACUUCAGAUCCUGGAAGGAUGGAAGAAACACCUGGAGGAUAUUUGGGAUGAGACUCCACUAUAUUUUGUGCCAAGUAGUUUCUUUGACCUAAACUUCCAGGCAAGAUUCUUAAUGAAAAAGGAAGUCCAGGAAGAGCAGAAAAACAAGAAGUUUGGCCUUUCUGUGGGCCAUCACUUGGGCAAAUCCAUCCCGACUGACAACCAGGUCAAAGCCAGAGAAUAA